GGCCAGUCAUACUUGCGGUUAUUAAAAUUCACACGAAGGUCGCCAUUGUAAUAUAAAAAUUCGUAUUUAAUAAUACGAGUUUUUCUCCCCACCGUGUCUUCACGUGCGGUUUUCUCGGCUGCUCGCUCCUUCUUACGAAUAAAAGGCAUAUUUUAACACUUAUCUCAACUGGAAUUUGCGUUUGAUUAAUCAGUGUCGAACAGAAGAAACUUACAGUUACACGAUGACUCUUGUUUGGCAUACGAGAAUCUGUUUGGUUUUAAUAAUUGCAGUGUAUUUUACUUGUGUUACAUGUGAAAUAUCGAACGGACAAUGCGUUAAAGUAUACUACACAGACGACAACUUCUUCAGGAUCCAAUGCUUUCGUGUAGCUCCUACCCAAAACGUAUUGGCCCUAACGACAGAAGCGGGCGAUACCGUGGAGUUCUUCAACUCCACGAUAUCCUCGGAUUGUUUCACCGUCCAACAUCGCAGUGGCAACGACACGGCGUUCGUUUGCUCGGAGUAUUUGAGAGACCCGUGCGUUAAAAUGGGAGAGAAGCGGUUUUUCUGGAAGGAUUCCACCAGGGAUAGCGGCAGGAUACCGUGCGUGGUGCCCGUCUUGCCCGUCUCCUACGGGGGAAUCAAGGCGGGGAAUUUGUCGCUCAUUAUAAACGAUGUGGUGUUGACGUCUUUUCACAUAGUGGACGUGCCGGAUCGGUAUCCUCAAAGGGAGUGAAUCGAGAUUUUGUUUCUACUAAUUUUAAAUAGUUUUAUUAAUUAUUGUUAUGGGCGCACCGAAAGAAGGGGAGAGCGAGAAGGCAAUUUUUGAAAUUAUUAAAGGGGGGUUGGAGUUGCGUGUCCUUAGGGUAAGAUGAGAGCGAGUUGGUGCUUAAAGGCCGCGGCAUCCAUUUACUGAUUGGAAUUAGAGGAAUUGGGUGAAUUCGCAGCGACAGAAUCAGCUGGGUUUAAUUUUGCGUACGUAAGAUGUUGCGAAACUCGAACGGCCAAUUUUUGAAUUUUCCUCGGAUUCUACAUUAUAAAUAUCCGGUAGAUUAUAGUUAGUAUAAUAUAAAUCCAAUUUGCAGCAGCGGAAUAAUUUAUUAAUCUAUACAUGUAGCAGUAAGCGAGUUGCUUUGUGUGCUCGAUUAAUUUCCCUAAAAAUACCAAUUUAUCAUCAGAAAUUUUACGAUAACCAAUUUUAUAUAAAUAUUUAUCGAAUUGUUAUAAAUUGCCUGUACGUUUACCAUCGCUCAAUUUGCAUUUACAUUUAAUUUUAAUUGCAAUAAAAUUGAAUAUCCUACUUCAUUUCCAAUUAAUAUUUACGCAAAAGCCUAUACAUGAAUUUUUCGAACAAUUAAAAAGUUAAAAACUC